AUGGCACAGAAUAUUCAGCUUCCGCCGUUUCGUCCGGCUCAUCCUUCUCAACAGCAGUUCCACUCUUUUGACCCCAGAAAUGCUGCAUCGCAAGGUCCUGCAAAUCACUUGAACACAGCAGGACAUCCCUAUGGAGAGUCUCGACCGCUGCCGCCUUUACAAAAUCACUCACACUCAAAACAUUCAGGUGCCACGCUGCCGUCCAUGUCUAAGCAAGCUCCCAUUCCUCGGCCGGUAGUACCGGGGCAGCCAGUCAACCAUGAACAUGCACCGGCCGAAAACCUUCCGGCUGUUGCCUCCGACAUCGUAUCAGCAAACCGGUCAUCCGGAUCACCUAUGGAAGGUACGAACGGGACUUCUGGAGGCAAAUCUGAGGACUCUGCCCAGUCCCGUAGGUUUGCGGAUGACUAUACCAAAGUCUGCGCGCUCAUCAAUGAGAGCGACCCUGAUGCGAUCAGACGCGCUAUCCGAGACAACUUUGAGAAAUGUCUUUUGGGUUCUCAGUAUCACAUGAUAUUCAUGCUGACCAUUGGUCUGCAUAGAGCAGACGAAGGUGUCUUGCAAAGACUGGUCCGGGAUUUCGGCCAACGGCUAGUGUCUAUAGGCAAGCGGGAACUUAUCGACUGGAUGAACCAAGCCGACUUGGACGAAAUGGCGGAGAGGAUUCUCGCCAAGGCCAGUAAUGCCUUCCUCGACAAGGCACUGGUUACCCGCCUGCAAACGAUCGAAGCUCGGCGCCUCGUUAACGCCCUGGCCCGGGCAGAACGGCUAGGAUACGAUACUGAUGACAUCGUCGAGAGCGACGAGUAUGUCAUCCCUACGGCUCCUGGCAGCGCCUCAGCAACGCCCCCAAUUCCUUCUACGCAUUUUGUGACGGCGACAGCGCAUCAACAAGCCGCGCCUCAUUCUCAUCCUUCACCUUCUGUAUCAGGACAGGUCGGAGACCUCCAGAACCCCCAAUGUACCUUUUGUCACCGCAUCUUCGGGGCGGCAUCUGCAUGGGGCCAUCACUUGAAGCAGAAGGUCUGCUUAAAGCCGCCUGCUACGAUUGGCAACAGCGAACAGAUCCUUGCUUGCCCUCAUUGUGGACAGUCUUUUGGGGGUGUGGCUGGCAUACAAUACCACAUGCUGAGCAAGGUCUGUGGUGACUUUGGCGAAAUCACCAAGGAGAUGGUCGCGGCUGUCAAGCCGAUGCCCAGGACAGCCUGGAGGGCUGGCUCGGUAAACGAGCUUAAUCGCCCAACCAAGCGUUCCGCGCCCGAUAGCACUCCCGUAUAUAUCUCCUCUAGCAACAAUAGCCCCGCUCCUCGCGAGAUGCCAUCUUCGAUGCUGCAAACGCCCAAGGCUGUUCCGUCAAGCAUGAACACUGCAAGAAGCGAAGAUCUUCCCCUUGGCACUCCACGACCCAAAGAUAUGAGCCACCUUACUGCACACCAAAUCGAGUCUUUGAUGGGAGACCUCCGAAGAGCAGAGGAGGACUUCAAGGCAAAGAUUGAUAAAGCGCAGGCAAGUGGCGAAAGCGAGGAUAAAAUUGCAAAGAGGCUCACGAGCCUGCGCAACUCUUAUGCAUGCAAACAGAGCACUAUCCGCAAGAAGUACGGCAUCAAGCUGCGGGAGCGACGUGGCCGGGCCGAGAUGGAUGCGGAGCGUGAGCGAAUGGGCUACGGCGCCGUUGCCCGUCAGGAAACCCAGGGAUCUGAGGACAAGCAUGCCGACAAACGCGCCCGUGUCAACGAUGCUGGAGACGCAACCACCACCAAGACGCAAGGCACGCCACUCAAGCAGGUUGCUGUUGCUGAUAUCGGUAGCGGCUUGACGGGAUCGAAUGCAACUGCCGCUACAGAAGAUCCUACAGCAAGCACGUCACAGGCUCCACGGGCGUCGCAAGACGAGACUUCUCGCCGGCCCUCGUCCUCUUACCAACAGGGAAACCAUCGCGUGGAGAUACACGUGCCUAGCCCAACAAAGAGGAGGUUUGUUUCGGCGGCUGCGGACGGCACGCCGAUAUCGAAUUUGCCGCCGUCGAAGUCGCCGCCCAAGGUGUCGUCGGGUGGGACCAUGACGGCCGAUGAGUUGUUGCGACAAAUAAGGGGCGGUAAUACCGAUUCGUCAGAGUCCGACUCGGAUUCGGACUCGAGCUCCGAUGACGACGGGGACGGCAAAGGUCAAGAAUAG